AUGCGAAAUUCUCUUCCAGAAUAUGAUCUUCUCGUCAUACCAAUACCAAAAGUGAGUCACACUAAACAUCAGACAGAAGUACUCCGGAUCCCGAUUUUCAAGAAGCAACCAAAACAGGACAACUUAUUGAAAAUCGACUUGGAGCCCUACGACGAACCAACAGACGUACCAGAUAUCGACAAUUUUGAUUACAAUAAAGACAGAUUUAAUAAAAAACUAUCAAAACGAAUAGAUGAAGAUUUUGAAAACCUUUAUGGGGAAGACAAAAUUGUCGGCGGUUUUGAAGUGGAUAUCAAUUUGUACCCGUACCAUGUGGGGUAUGGGACUAACUGCGGCGGGGCUAUUAUCGAUAAGCGAUGGGUCUUAACGGCUGGCCAUUGUGGGAGAAAGCCGUACAUCCGCGUUGGAUCAAAAUACCUCAACCAAGGAAGGAAGGUCGCCGUCAAGAGAAACUUCAUCCAUCCCAUGUGGAGUCCAAAGGCUAAGAGCAAGGAGCAUCCCUUCGACUUUGACUUUCAACUCAUAGAACUCGCCGAAGCGUUGAAAUUUGAUGACAACGUCCAACCAAUAAAGAUAGCCCACAUCGAAGAUAUGACUAUCGGAAAGGUCGUGACUGUCACCGGCUGGGGUAAUACAGAGGAGAAUGGUCCCUAUUCUAACGUUCUACGCGCAGUCCGAGUACCAAUUAUAUCAAAAGAGAAGUGCCAGAACGUCCCUUUCCCCUACUUCAGAGGUGGUCUAACUGCUAGGAUGUUCUGCGCCGGAUUCGAUGUGGAGAAGAAGGAUGCUUGUCAGGGUGAUUCUGGUGGACCAGCUGUUCACGAAGACAGGUUACUCGGCAUGGUAUCAUUUGGUUACGGUUGCGCGACCCCCAGCUCAUUUGGGGUGUAUAGCAAGGUGGCGAAAGUCAGGCCCUGGAUCAAAGAUAUAACUGGCAUCAAUUUUGAUUAA